CCGUGAUGAUGAUCGACAUCACAACGCCACAACAGCCGCUCUUGGUGAACUUAGUUUCACCACCAGCGAUACAAGAGACGUCCUGCCGCCAACGAGAACAGGUCGGCGAUCACAACAACACCAUGCCAGUAUGCGGGGGCUGGGAGUGCGCACACUGCGUCGCUGGUCGCUGCAGUCGGCAGCCGCAGUGGGUGGAAUCACCACCGCAGCGCGGCAGCAGGCGGCACGUCGAUCGGAACGGGCCGGUCAGACAGGUGGUGCGAAGAUUAUUCGCAUCACGGUCGAGCAGUCCCGAAGAUUCCCCCGCUGUGCGCCAGCCUUCUCGGUCGCCGUCGCCAGCUCCGUUGAGUAGGCAGCUUUCUAGAUCGCCCGCGGAAUUAUCCACAACGGCGCUCAUGCAGAAAAAUGAUAUUUUCAAUAUCUGCUGUACAAUCAUAAUAAUGUAUGUAAAGUUACGAAUGAACGAAGUUUUGACAAGAAUUCUCUGA